AUGGCAGCGCCCGCAGUCGCACGAGCACCCUCGACCGGUCCCUCGCAGCGACAACGCGCCCAAACGCUCCUCUCCGCCUCGACAUCCGCCAACAUCAGCCCGUCACUCUCGCGCUCUUACCACCAGCCAUUGGGUACAGGCUCGCUCAGGCGAACGCAGCAGCAGGGGAGUCAUGUGCGGAGCAGGUCCCAUGGCGAUGCCGGUGCCAGUCUCAGCGCUGUCGCCAAGGGAAAGAGGAGGGCAGUCUUCUGCGAUGUCGUGGUGGAUGACCUGGAGCUGGACGAAAACGGAGUCUGUGUGUACCCUACAGGCCCCGCCUCCGACUUCCUCAACUCGCUUGGCUCGCCCAUCACCCUACCCGAAUCCAGCUCAUCUCAGCCGCAGCCCAUACGACCCAUGACGCCCGGGAAAGUCCCCAAAGUCGACUUCGACAAGGUUAGGCAGAGCCUGCACGAGUUGUGGGUGACGGAGGAGAGUUACUUGCGGAAGGUGUCCAGCUUGCUCAAGGACUACGCUAUUCCUCUCCGCACCUUCUCGAAGCGCCGCGAUACAGCCGUCAUCCCGCCGUUCGAGGCGACGCACCUCUUCAUCAACCUCGAACAGCUCGUGCCGAUCGCCGAAGCUUUCGAGGCGGACCUGCGACAGCUUGUCUCGCAGAUGCAAAAAGACAAGUCAAGUCUGCCCAGCGACUAUGGCGAAGUGAUCUUGCAACAUGUCGAGCGGAUGGAGCCGUACAAGAAGUGGCUAGCCAACGUCAGCGCGUCCGAAGCGAUCCGGCGCGAACUCGACAAGCACAACUCGUCUUUCCGCGAAUUUGUUGAGCGAACGCAGGUGCACAGCCGUGAGACGGCGCAGGCGACUGGAGGGUUCAAGGAGUUUUUGGCUGAGCCGUUUCAGCGAGUGUCACGGUACCGGUUGAUGCUGGACCCCAUCAUCUUCCAUCUUCCGCCAGACGACCCGAACGUCGAGCCGCUCCAGAUUGCGAUCGGCAUCCUCACCGACAUCUGCAGCAUGCAAGUCGACGAUGCGACGAAGCGGGCUGCGACGUUCUGGAGUCUCAAGGAGACCAUCGAUGGCUUUCCCGACGCGCUCGUCGGUUUUGACCGCGAGUUUAUCGAUUGCAUCGAUGCUGACGAGAUCAUCGAGAUUGCCGACUCACGACCGACGACCCUCCGCUGCACCCUCUUCCUCUUCAACGACAAGGUCCUCAUUGCGAAACGGCCUUCGGGGGACAAGACGGGCAAGGUGCAUGCCGGCGUGGACGACAUCGAUCGCACCGUUUCGCUCUACCAGACCUCGCAUCUCUCGUCGACCCAAGCGAGCUUGCUUGGUUCGCCCAAGAAGCUUCGCAAGGGCGUCCUCGGCUUCCGCGGUCUCGUCGACCUUGCAGAAGUCGUCGCUGUCGACUUCGGCACGAGCGCAGCAGCGCCCGAGUUCGGCCUCGUUUUCGACCAUCCGCCGGUCGACCAGUCUGAGCGGUGGUGCGGUCGCCCAGCACGCAAGUUCGUCGUCGCCAAUACAUACGCUCCGGACGUCAAGCGGGCGGAGAAGGAGGCGUGGUUUGGCAGGUUUGCCGAGGCGGUCAUGCGGGCGAAGCUGAAGGACGGAGCGAAGGCGGCGAAGCGCGGAAAGGCGAUGUUGGCGGACGGAUCUUCAGGCGAGACGAGCGAGGUGUACUGGGCACUUUGGGAUCGCCGGUCGUACGAAAGGCUGCGUGGCACGCAGAAGGGCAAGCUGGCAUUGCACGUUGUCGAUGAGGGUUCUCCCUCACUCGACUACGGCAAGGAUGCGCGACCGGUCGUUCUGGCGCGAGCGACGCUCUUGCCGUCCCAGCGGUGUCGGUUCGAGGUCAGGUCAAACGACUCGGCAAGCAACUCGGAGGACACGAUCAGCAUCGACCGCAUCGCGCCAGCAAUCGCGGAACUUGGCAUGAGCUAUGGCUUGUUUUCGUUUCCGACUCUUCGCCCUCUUCCCAUCGGCUCAGCUCGCAGUCGCCCUCGCUCCGGUCUUCUGAGCGUCUUCGACGUUUUCUCCAGUGGCGGCGGCCUCAAGCGCGGAAACUCGCUCGUCAGCAAAGGCUCAAGCGCCGCGACCACCACGCUCGACACGCCCAACCUCUCCGCCUCGAACUCGCCUCGCGCUUCCAGCCCCGUCUCGCCUCAGCCCAACUCGCUUUCGCAGUCGUACCGCAGGCCGGUCUCUGCGAAGAUGUCGGCACCGGACCUGUACGCCAGCAUGUCGGGCAGAGGAAGCGCAGCGAGGACUGCGGAGGCUUACGACGGAGUGGCCGAGAUGGACGUCGUUCCGUCAACAAGCGCCACGUCACUUCGCAACAACGGACGAGGACGACCGCGUCGUUCUCUCUCGCUUCCUCCUCCACUCGCCCAACCCAGCUUCCACUCGCCGACCACCACUCAGGACCUCUCGUACGGAGCGCCUUCGCCUGCCGAUACCACCACGCCCGAGGCGCCCGACGAUGCAGAUGCGACCAUGGACGCCUCCUUCGACACGCCCUGGUCCGGUAUGCGCGAGCUGGAGGCGCCGACCACUUCGCCCAUCGCCUAUCGCCCGCCCGUCGUCGGCUCGACUCGCCGUCGUAUGAUCGGUCCGCGCGACAUGCGCACGCCGUCCAUGCUGCACGAGAGCGUCGGUCGUCCUUCGCCCUCGCACCUUCCCUUCGCCCGCGAGCACUCGCCGACCCCGCAGCGACGCCCUCACACGUCGAACUCGUCGCUCGCGACUUUCCAGUCUUCACCCUCCUACGCCGACGUCGUCGACCACAGCUUAGAGUCCCAGACAAGCUCAGUCGGCGCGGCUACGAAGCGACCUCGUCCUCCCGUCGAAGCCUCUCCUCGCCCAACGCCCGCCAAGAAGGUUGCGUCCUUCGCCGACCUCGGCAUGGGUCCACGAGCGCAUGGAGGUGAAGGCGUUCGCAACCUGUCGGGCCCGCGCAGGCCGUCGAAUUCGACGCUUGAGCGCCGGAUUCCGUCGUCCUCGAGCGCGCAGAUCAAGAUUCGCAGUCGGAGGGUGACGAGCGGGACUUCGACAAUUUGCGCACCUGCUACGCCGCCAAAGGAUGUGGUGCAGCCGGAUGUGUUCUCGUCGCCUGCAGCGAUCGUCGCGGAGAAGCAGUGCCAGGCUGUCGAGGAUGUCCAGAUGGAAGAGGCUCACCCGGAUCCCUUCGAGCGACUGCGGAAGCAUGUCGACGACAUGCGUCUUAAGAUCUCGCGCGAGUUGACGACGGCCAACAAGGAGAACGAGCGCAUCGUCUCGCCUACCGCCUUGACGCGCUCUCCUCAAACUCGCAAUGUCUUUGGCAAGAGCUUCGGCUCGAAAAACAGCUUCGCCUCCUCUCAGCACCGCUUGUCCAACGCCUCCUUGACCGACACGCGUCCCCGGCACAAGAUCGACGUCCAGAUUCUCUCCGACUGGACGCGCAAGCUCGCCGACCUCGUCGACGCCGCGCAAGCUCAAGCUGCGGCUGUCGAAGCGGCGGCGUCUAAGCCACGGACGCCUUCGCCUGCUCCUGUGAACGAUGCGGGCGGCUCGGCGCUGGAGAUGGAGAUGCUCGAGCAGGAACGGGAUUUGCUGGCGGCCGAGUUGGCCGCGCUCAAGGAGGAGGCAAAGACGCUUGUCAACGAUGCCUUUGAGAAGCAAUCGGCGCUUGAAGCGGCGCAAGGCGAGAACGCCAAGCUGCGACAGGCGUACUCGGACAUCUGCCAGGAGGCGGAUACGCUCUACGCGGAGUUCAACGCAGCCUUGGAGAGCGUGACCCUCGCCGCGCAAGCCGAGCCCUCCGCUUCCGGCGAAUACGUCGACCUCGUUCAGCAGCUCGAGCAGUCUGUCUCUGCACGGUACAAGACGGAGCACGACCUGCGGGUGUACCGGAGGAAAGUCGAGGCGGAGCUGGAGGAGAAGGCGCGGUGGGGCGAGUUGUUGCGGCGACACGGGCUUCUCGCCUGA